CAGGCUGGCCUCGAACUCACAGAGAUCCGCCUGCCUCUGCCUCCCGAGUGCUGGGAUUAAAGGCGUGCGCCACCACCGCCCGGCUAGAGAGGGUUUUGAAUUAAAAAAAAAGAAAGAAAAGGAAGAAAUAUGACUUGACCUAGGUAUGGUGGAGGCAAUGGCUUCUUGUAGGUAUGUGGGAAGGCAUAGCCAGUGUCGGGGACAGGGACAUCUGGAGAGUCCAGAGUGGUUGUGAUCCCCAGCCAUGUAGGGAGAAGAGGAGGGAAGGGAGAAGAAAGAGAGGGGACCGGGUGCAGCAGCCAGGAGGCCCACAGCUACCACGAGAGCAGGCAACCGAAAUGGCUGGGCUCUAUAGGGAAGAGCAGCCAGCCCCUGGGCUGGAGAAGUUUAGGGUAGAGGGCAGGGUAUGCCAUCCAGAAGGGCCCUGAAAGAGGUAGGGACUGAGGGAUGCAGGAAGAACCUGGAGGCCAGCACCCACUUUGAUAUUUUAAACAGGCACCUCAGCCUUUUGUCUCGAUUUAAAACCAAAAAGGUUUUCCUAUAUAGUCCUAGGUGGCCUCCAUCUCAUAGACAUCCACUGUCUCCGCCUCUCCAUUGCUGGGAAUGAAAGGCGUGCCCUACCACACCCAGCCAAGUUUAUUUUGAUGAAAUUGUCCUCUUUAUUAUCACUGGCAAUGUUCUUUAUCCCACAUCUGCUUCGAUUUUAAAAUUGACUUAAGUCUUUUUUUGACUAUUGUGAGAAUGAGUCACUUUGAUAUGCUAGAGUACUUACCUUUAACAUAUUUUCUGUAGUUAACAUGUUGCUGGGUCUGCUUGUUUUCAAACCUAAUCUGACAAUCUAUACUUUAGGUUUAGAUCAUUUAUAAUACAUUUAAGUCGAUUAGUGGUAUUACAAGGAUCUUCUAUUCCCUUGACAUUUGUUUUCUAUCACGUUCUGGAAUAAAAAGAAGUUUGUGUAACUGUAAGAAACAACAAAAGAGAUUUUGAAAGUUCAAUAAUGUCAUACUACAACAAAAGUGGGUUUUUCCUACAAAAGCUAAACGUACUUUUUUUGUUUAGGAUAUUUUCACGUGAUAGUCAUGAUAUAUGACUGUCUAAUGGAACGUUCUGUCCAUACAAAUCGAUGUGGUCCUCAGUCACAUUUUCCUAUCUAGAAAACAGGGUCAUCUGGCUCUCCGAAGUCUCUGAUGUAACCUGCCCGUCCUCUCCUCGUUUAAAACCAACCAAUUCUUUAGUUCAGUCUUUUGAAACUUAUCAUAGUCCCUACCAUCGCACAGAGAGGUGGAAUCCUUCUGCAGUGGGACUCAGGGAAAGCGUGAUCAAAGCAGUUAUGUCUCGAUCUGAUUUUAUUCCAAUUCUGCACUUUAAACAUGGGUUCAGCCGGGCGUUGGUGGCUCACAACUUUAACUCCAGCACUCGGGUGGCAGCGGAAGGCCUGGUUUACAGAGUGAGUUCCAGGACACAGUGCUACACAGAGAAACCCUGUCUCGAAAAACCAAAACCCCAAACAAAACAAAAUACCUAAACCCUUAGGCUCGUCUGUACAUUCCAUAGGAGCGAAAACACAUUACCCGAAGAACCCGGAAGUACAUUUGGAGAACACCCGGGAGCUUACGCUUUAAGCGCGCUUCCCUUUGGGAGCUCCCUCAUACCACUGGGCGCAGCUCCCAGAGAGGUGGUCUAGGUUGUAUGCUGGGAUUUCUCUGAAGAGCUAGGCUUCCGGGGUGGGGUCUAGGGGGGGUGUGUCUGCACUGGAUGACUGUAUUUCCCAGGGGUCGCCGCGCCGGAAGUAACCGAUCAACUUUCUGUGUCCUGGCGCUGCUACAGCGGAAGGUCAGAGGCUUCUAGUUGGAGGAAGAAAUCGCUGGCGAAAUUCUCCACUGAGUAAGGGGAGGAUCCUGAAGAAGAAUGGCCAGCUCUAGUUCUCAAGACAUGGUCUGUGGGUCAGUGACAUUCAGGGAUGUGGCUGUUGACUUCUCUCAGGAGGAGUGGGCCUGCCUGGAUGCUACUCAGAGGGUCUUAUACAGGGACUUGAUGUUGGAGACCUACAGCAACCUCGUCACAGUGGUGGGAAGUUCCGUUUCCAAACCCGAUCUGAUCGCCUUAUUAGAGCAGGAGAGAGAGCCCUGGAUGGUUGUGAAGGAAGAAACAGACAGGCCCAGCCCAGAUUUGGAGUCAGAUUAUGAACCUCAAAAAAUAUCUCCAGACAAUCAUAAUAUAAGUCUACCCAAAGAGAGCAUAAAGCAUAUAAGUAAAACUUUUGACCUCCAGAGUGCCAGUUUUAGUAAUGGACUCAACUAUAGUACAUUCAAGGGACUACAGAGUUGUCAAGAAGGAAAUGAUGAUCAAAAGAUUACUAACAAGGAAAAAAUGCCUACAUAUACCAACCAGAUUCUUACUCACAAUAUAGAAAAAGCACAUGAAUGUAAAGAGUGUGGGAAGUACUUUGAUUGUAGUUCAACUCUUAUUCAGCAUCAGACUAUUCAUAUUGGAGAGAAAGCCUAUGAAUGUAACGAAGGUGUGAAGGCCUUGAGACUCCACCAACAGCUUACAAGACGUCGGAAAUCUCACAAUGGUGAGUUACCUUUGGAAUGCAAGGAAUGUGGUGAGUCUUUCAAGGAUGUCUCCAGUCUUGUUCAACACAGGAUUAUUCAUUCUGGUGUGAAACCAUAUGAAUAUGAUGAAUGUGGAAAAGCCUUUAAUCAUCACUCAAACUUCAUGGAACAUCAAAAAAUUCAUUCUGGUGAGAGACCCUUUCAGUGUAAGGAAUGUGGAAAGGCCCUCAGUGUACUAGCACAGCUCAUCAUUCAGACCCAGAACAGUCAUACUGGAGAAAAAUCAUUUCAAUGUAAGCAGUGUGGCAGGGUACUCAGUAGUGGCUCAUACUUUGUGCAACAUCGGAGUAUUCAUUCAGAUGAGAAACCCUUUGGGUGUAAUAUAUGUGAGACGGCUUUUAGGCUUCAGGUAUACCUUUCUGAGCAUAAGAAAACUCACACUGAUGAGAAACCUUUCAAGUGUAAGCUGUGUGGAUCAGCUUUCAGACGUAAGUACCACCUUACUGAACAUCAGAGUAUUCAUACUGAUGUGAAACCAUAUCAGUGCAAAGAAUGUGGGAAAUUCUUUCGUCGACGUUCAAAUUUUACUGUGCAUCAGAGUAUUCACACUAAUGUGAAACCUUUCAAUUGUAAACUCUGUGGGUCAGCCUUCAGACUUCAGUCCCUACUUACUCAACAUCAAAGAAUUCAUACUGAUGAAAAACCAUAUCAGUGCAAGGAAUGUGGGAAAUUCUUUCGUCGACGUUCAAAUUUUACUGAGCAUCAGAGUAUUCACACUGGAAGGAAGCCCUUUGAUUGUAAGGAAUGUGGGAAAGUCUUUAGACUUAAUAUACAUCUCAUUCGCCACAAGAAAUUUCAUAGUGGUGAGAGAUCUUUUGAAUGUAAGGAGUGUGGAGAGGCCUUUCAUCUUCGUGCCCAUCUUAAGAGACAUAAAAUAAUUCAUACAGAUCGAAAAUUGUUUGAAUGCAAGGAAUGUGGGAAGUCCUUCAAGCGUGUCUCCACCCUUGUUCAACAUAGGAUUAUUCAUGUUGGUGUGAAACCAUUUGAAUGUAAUGAGUGUGGGAAAGCCUUUAAUCGUCGUUCAAACCUCACACAACAUCAGAAAAUUCAUUCUGGUGAGAGACCCUUUCAGUGUAAGGAAUGUGGAAAGGCCUUCACUGUUCUGGCACAGCUCACUCGGCACCAGAGCAUUCAUACUGGAGAGAAAUCAUUUGAAUGUCAACAGUGUGGAUCAGCUUUCAGACUUCAUUACCAACUUACUCAACAUCAGAAAAUUCAUACUGAUGUGAAACCCUUUCAAUGCAAGGUAUGUGGAAAAGGCUUUGUUCGUGGUACAGGCCUUAGAAUUCAUGAAAGAACCCACACUGGUGAGAAGCCUUUUCAAUGUAAAGAAUGUGGGAAGGCCUUCCGAAUUCAGUCCGAACUUACUCAACAUCAGAGAAUUCAUACUGAUGUGAAACCCUAUCAAUGUAGAGAAUGUGGAAAAGGCUUUGUUCGUGGUAGAGGACUUCGAAUUCAUCAGAGAAUCCACACUGGUGAGAAGCCCUUUCAAUGUUCGGAAUGUGGGGAAGCCUUUCGAUAUCACUACCAAUUUCUUGGACAUUUUAGAAUUCAUACUGGCAAGAAUCCUUAUGAAUGUAAAGAAUGUGGGAAAUACUUUACUCGUGGUGAAUACUUUAAAGCACAUCAGAGAAUUCACAUGGGUGAGAAACCAUACCAAUGUUAAGAAUGUGAAAAGACCUUUAGCUUGGUUUGGCAUGCUAAAGUUCAUGUUAAUAAAAAGCCUAUGGAUGUAAAGAAUGUGGGAAAGUCUUUAUUGUAAAGGGUAAACUUACACAGCAUCAGAAAAUACAUAAUCAUCAGGAAUCCUAUGCAUGUAAGGAAGGUAGACAAUCUUUUGUAUGGAAAUUUUACUGAACAUCAGAGAACUCACAUUGGUAAGACUGUGGCUUAAAAGAAUGUGGAAAGAAGUUUAAUUUGCCCUAGAAUUGGUCAACAUCAGAGUAUUCAUAUACUCUUGUCAAUGAUAUCUUUGUGAAUGAGAAUGGGGGAAGUCUGUUCAUAGGUGAUACUCUGUUGAGAAUGUGUGAAUGUCAAAAGUAAUAGGGUCAGCAUCAUGUUCUUGAUUUACUCUCAUCUUGUUAAUUGUAUAAACAUAAUUCCUCAAACACUACUUACCCAGGACAGUCAGUUUAGGGAGAACAGUUAUUGGAACUAGGUUUAUCUCAGGCACUUUCCUUGUCACCAUUCCUGUCCUAUGGCUCCUGUCAUAUUAGACUGAGUGUUUAUGCAUAAUUUGUUAAUGGCAAGCACAGUACCAGCCAAAGUUGUGGAGAAAAGGGUUAUAAUAAAUAAUAAAAUUCUUGAAGGAAUAUUUGGCUCAUUCCCAUGUUCUGUAAAAUAGCUUUUACAUUGCUCGCCCUUUUAUUGGCAUUACUAUAACUCAUGAAAGGCAAAAUUGUAUUGCUGAUAGUUUCAAAAACAUGCAUUCAUCCACUAUUAAAUUUUAAAUACCAUCAUUCUGGAUAAAAUCUGGUGAAUGAAAGGAUUUUCAUUGAGAAUUCAUAACUUACAUAUUUGUGUGGAGAUGUUCAAAAUACAGCUGUUUAUGAACAAGUACUUUUUAAAGGGGUUAAACCCAUAAAUAUUUGAAAGGAUAAUAUUCUGUAAUUUAUGCUCUCUGCCCAGAUGUUAAGAUAAACUAUACAUUUGUGACAGGACAAGAAUUUGCCAUCUUUGAUGGAGAAUAUUGUGGGAAAUUACCCAAAUCUGUUCUCAGAUCCUGAGGUCAAGAUACCCCUGCUAAUUUAUCUUGACUUCUGUUAAUUAGCCUGCUUGGACAAAAACUCCCACUUCAGCUGCUAAGAAGGAUAAUAGGAUGUGGUUUUUGCUCUAAAUGCUUGACGCUACACUUGAGUCCUGAAUACCUGAGUAUAGUCCCAGCCAACUGCAAUAAGGACUUUUGGUUGGCUAUAGAUUGUGUCUGAGUGGUCUUCUCUGGUGAGCUUCCCAUAAAAAAUUAAUGAAAAUAACCAAAUUGGAACCAUUUAUAGUCAACAACAUACUUUAGUAUCCUCACCUAGAUUCAAAAUUGUUAACAAUUUCCUAUAUCAAUCCUAUUUUUCUGUAUUUGUGGGUAUUUGGGGCUGUACUGUUAAGAAUACAUUUAGAGUCAGGUGAAAUAGUGCAUGCCUGAAACUCAAUAAUGGGAAAGCUGAGGUAGAAGGAUCAAGAGUUGGAGGCAAAUCUAGCUACAUAGUAACUUCAAGUCCAACUUUGGCUGUAUAGAGACCCUUUAUAAAAAAUUUGCAGAUAUGAUUUUUUAUCCCUUACUACAUCAGCCAAGAUGGAAUGUCAUCCCUACCACAGAAGUGAUCCAGGAUUUUACAACAUUGAGAAAUUUGUCAUUGACUUUCCAGCUGCCUUUUUUGCAAAAUGUAUGUAUUCUAAGGAGAAUACACUACAGAUAGGGAUUUGCCCUUGCUCUGUCCUUUAUUAAAUUUUAGUUUUGAUUAAACUCAGGGACUUGUGGGUAGUAGGAACAUGCUCAAUCAUCAAACUACAUUCCCAGCCCUUAGCCACUGUAUCUUCUAUCCAAGGGAAGUUAAGUUCAGAUGAAACAUUUUGAGUAAGAACACAUUGCAGAUUCUCUAGCAUGUUGCAACAUGUCCAGAAACAUUUAGGUGUCAGGGUAACACAUUAUUGAAAUUAAGCUUGGUCAUUUGAGUAAAUGGGGGGGGGGGGUAUGCCAGAGUUCUAAAAGGUCUAAUUUGUGGAUAAGAAAUCUGUGGAGACUAUUGCUUCCAAAUAUUUACAGAUAUGGAUACUGUAAUCCUGAUUAAAAUAUAAAUAAUAAUUGAAAUUGA